AUGUCUUCCAACGUACCAAGAAGCCAGAUGCGACAACCUGUCCCAGAGACGUGGACACCUGAACCAUUUAUUACAAGUGCCGUUCCAGCUCACAUAUCAACUGUUGGUUCUCAGAACUCAGCAACAAGCGAUAUAGCGGACUGUAAUGGAUAUCAACCACAUACAGCUCGUAGUUCUAUCUAUAAUAGCGGCAAACGACUGCCAGCAGGUUCGUGGCGCAAGAAACCACCUUUUGAGGUAGGUCAAAUUGUCUUUCUGCGUAGGACUGCUGAGCUAUGAGCUAUUGUAAAGAAUCCGUUCAAACUCGGCCACCCAGGGAUCAUCUUAUCUAUCGAUGAGGACGCCUGUCAGGUUGGAACCAUGGGGUCCAGGGAGGACGGAGCUUCCAUGGAAAUCGUAGAUAAACCUCACCAGCCAGCUGGAAGUUCGAAUCAUCUAUUUCUCAAAUCAGAGGAAGGGUAUGAUUUCAACAGGGUUGCAAAUAACAAUGAGGAUAAGAAGGAAUCAAAGAGAAAUGGUGAUUUUGUACAUCUCAGAUACGUUGAAACUGUCAAACUUUCAUAUCUUUAA